UUUUAGAGAAAAAUUUUUUUUAAAUAUAUGGAUAACUUGACCAUUUCUACAACAAAUAAAAAUGCUGGUAAACAAAGGGAUGAUGAUGACACCAAUAAAUGCGUUUCUUCAACACUUUCUUUUAUUUUAGACAAAAUUUGUUCUUCAUCAGAAUUAAAUACAACAAUCAAAUCUUCAAAUCAUUUACCUCUUCGAUUUGUUGUGGCAACAGAAAAUAAUCAAUAUUUGGCAAGUGAUAAAAAUAAACAAGACUUGGAGUGUUCUGUUCCGUCAAAUACGCCAACAGCGUGUGUUGCAAGUACUGCGGCGACGAUUUGUUCUUUUCAGUCUGGUUCAAGCAAAAAUAGUUCUCUUACAACUACAAAAAAUAUCAAUAUAAAUAAUUCUCAUCAAGUAACUUUACGAAAAAUGAGUAUACAACCUCCACCAGUUGCUAGAAUCGCUCCAAAAUCAGCAAAACCAAAAUUAAUUCCUAUACAUCACCAAGUAGUACCUUCUUCAAAUAAUGAGAAUGGCAAAAAUAUUACUCAACAAAUUCCUCAAGCAACAAUGUCAGGAAUUUCCCCCUAUUCAUUAAACACAGCUUCAACAAAAGCUUUAAUACAAGAAAAUAAAACAACAAAAACAUCUUCAACAAUUUUUUCUGCACCUUCAGUUAAAAUAAAUACAUCAAAAUUAGUUGAAAUGUCUUCAAAUCUUGGCGGUUCUUCUUCAAAUAAUUCAUCAAAUUCUUCAUCUCCAAUUAUUAUACAAACUUCAAUUAAUUCACAAUCAUCAAAAAAUAUUUCAACAACAACAUGUGGGUCGUUAACAACAGCACCAAAAAUUGUUUUUACUCUUAAACCUGCUCCAAUUUCAAGUAUUGUUGGUAGUGGUGGAAUUAUGGAUAAUAAUAAUAAAAGCAUUAGAACAACAAUUUCUUCUUCAUCAGCUUCUCCAGCAAUAACCACACCAACAUCAACAACUCAAAUACAACCUCCACCUUUGUGUAUAACUCCUCCAAAAAAUAAUAAAAAAUCUCCAAUAAAAAGGCCUAAUCAAUUAAUUGCUACAACAACAACGUCAAAUAAUUCAAAUUCAUUUGAAGAUUCAUCAAAAAUGUCUUGUUCUUCUUCAAUUAAUUCAAAUCAAUGUUCUUCAUCUUCCCCUCUAUUGGAUUCUAACGAUUUAUUGACAAACACAGUAAAUAAAGUUGCUUCUGGAGCAGAUAUUUCUCCAACAAACUUGGAAGAAGGUACUUCAACAAAAACAUUAAUGUCCUCAACUUCAACCUCAUCAACAACAACAAAUUUGCCAUUAACUAAGCCAAAACAGCCAAAAAAGAAAGCUCCAAUUAAACCAAAAAUACUUGUUGAUGAACAGAGGAAAAAUCCUGUAAAAAUACAGCCUGCAGUUGCUGUGCCUUGUAUUUCUCCGCAAAUUUUUGGAGCGAGUCCUCCACAGGCGCAGAUUGCAUCCAUUCCAAUGGAAAGUAGUGUUGUUGCUGAUACAACACCAACCGCAGCAGCAAUUUGUAAUUCGAACGGUCAACAAACUUUUCCUUCGACAGGAAUGUUGCUUCCUGCAAAUUCUCAAUUUGCCUUGGCGUCUAAUGGAAAUUUAUUUUCUAAUUAUGGAACUAAUUUUGUAAUUAGACAGCAGCCAUCUUCUGCUGUACCUAUUGCAAAUGUUUCUGGACAACAACAGCAACCACAACAACAAUUUGUUCAACUAAUGCCUCAACAAAUAUUUUUUUCUCCAGUUCAACAGAUUGAUUCAUCAGGCCAAUUAAUUCAACAACAGCAACAAACAUUGGAACAAUCACAGCAACAACAAAAUCAGCAGCAAAUUCAGCAAGGUAUAUCAUCAUCACCAACAAAAGCUGUUGCUCCUCCUCAAACACUAACUACAGCAAAUUUGAUGACUGCAAGAAAUUUAUUUUUUCAUACUGGAAAUGGAAUGUUUAUGCCUAUUUCAAAUCCAAAUAUCAUUGGAAUUCCUCAAUCUCAACAACCACAGCAACAAACUUUUUUGCCUAUAACUUCAACUAAUUUAACUCCAAUUUCUUCUGCUUCAUCAAAAUUUGUUGUUCUUGCAUCAAAACCUUCAGGAGGAACAACACCAAUGCCAAAUAUUUUACCUAAAAUUUCAUCAAGAGGGAGGACAUCAACAACAACAGCAACAAUUGUUUCUUCAAUUACUACAAAUACAACAGCAACACCAUCAUUGGAAACCACGGUUUCUUCGACUCCUUCCAUUCAACAAAGUCUUGUUAAUAAUGCCAAUAUCAUGCUUACAAAUCAACAACAUGGCGAAAAUAUUUUUUAUGGUAAUAGUAGUCCACAUGCGCAAUAUUUACAUCAAGUAUUUAUGUUACAACAAAAACAACAACAAGGAAAUUUAUAUAUUUCUAAUAAUAAUUCUGUUGAUGUUGGCGAAAAGAAAAUUGAAUUAGGAAAAGGAGGACAACAACAAACAAAACCAACAAGAGUUAGGAAAAAGAAGGGAAGUGGUGAUACUUUGACUGCCGACAAUGAAACUCAAAAACACCCUAAAAUACCUCAUUUUGAUGGAACUAUAAUACUACACCAACAAGGUCAACAACAUGGUCAACAGCAACAGGGAUUUGAUGAAGAAGAAAAUGAACCUCCACCAGUGCUUUGUAGAGGAGGAGAAAUUACUUCUGAACCUCCAAGUAGUGGUAGUGGCACAAAAUCAAUAGAAAAUGUUUUUCAAAAAGAAGCAAAAAUAAUUCGUGAAAAAAUGUUUGAUUCAAAUGGAAAGAAGUAUGGGCCUCUUGUUCAUGAUAUUGAUGGUUUUAAAAUUGAGGAAGAUGUUGAGCCAUUUCCUUGUGAACAUCAAAAGUUGUUGGAAAAGUUGGUUAUAGAUGAAAAUGUUAUUAACCAAAGAAAAAAUAAAAAUGAUGCCACAACAGCGACAACAAAUGAAAAUGGAAAUGAAGAAAAAGAAGAAAAAUCAUUAUCAACGUCAAAUAAAAAUAAUUCUUCCUCAUCAGCUGAAUCAAAUACUAGUAGCAACAAAUCAAAGAAACGACAAAGAAAACAAUCUACAUCAUCUUCAGAAGGAGGUGUUGGAAAAGAUAAUUCUUCAUCAUUUUCAAAAUCACCACCAAAUAGAAAAUUGAAGAAAAUGUCAUCAUCAAAAGUUGAAGAUAAACCAGCAAAACAAGGAAGACGUAGAGAAUUAGAAAAUCUUUUAAAAAUGGAUUUUGGACCAGGAAAGACACCUUUUCAAACAUCAGAUCCAGAUGAAUAUGCUGAAGAAGUUUUGGGUGGAAGAAAAAGAACAUUGGCUUUGGCUGCUGAAGAAAAAUCAGCAAGGAAGAGUUUGGAUAGACCUGGCUCGUCGUCAAAAAAGCAUGACAAGGAAAAGAGUUUUUCACUCACUUCAACAACUUCUGCAACUUCAAAUGAGAAACCAGAUAAAAGUGAACCAAGGCGUUCAGAUGAAUCACUUGAAGAAGGUUGUUGUUCAUAUUGCCGUCGGCGUUUUAGUGAAGUUGGAAGGGAUAAAGAACAUGAACAAUAUUGUAGUAAAGAAUGUAGAAGAAUGAAAAAAUAUGCAAAAAAGCAGCAGCAACAACAAAAGGCGGCAUUAUUAUUAAAUGAAGGAAAUAAUAAGGCUUCAUCAUCUUUAAUUGGAAAUGAAAAAAAUGCUUCUACAACUACUUCCCAAGAAAUAAAUAAUUCAGCAACAUCAAAAAUACGUUCAUCAUCAAUUCAAUCACCACCCAUCACAAAUAAUAAUUCAUCUACCCCAGAUGCUAAUAAAACAAAAACAUCAACAGCAAAAAUUAUGACAAGUCCAUUAGGUUCAGCAUUUUCAACAUUACAACCUCAAAGUAUUGCUACAAAUAAUACAACAAUUUUAUCAAAUAAAUGGUCAGGAACAACAAUACCAACAACAAAUAUGAAUGAACAAAUUGCUUGUCUUACAAAAGGAUUUGAAGUUCAAUCCUCUUCUUCAUCUGGUGAUGAACAACCACAAAUACCACGUCCAUAUGGCGCUCCAUUUAAUUUUUUACCUACAUCUCUAUUUGCUUCACAGUUUCUUCCUCCUCAAUCACAAGCAUUUUUAAGUGGACAAGAUUCAAACAAUUUUCCAUUUCUUCAUUCUCAAUCUCCUCCAACUCAAAUUCCUUCACAACAAUUAGUUAUGACUCCAAAUACAACAAUAAAUCCAUUUUUUACUCCACAACAACAACUUUCUAGACAACAAAAUUCGCAUAUAUUUUUACAAUCUCCAAUAAAUACACCUACACCUACUGGAAGUGGAGGAGGAAAUGGUGGUGGUGGUGAAAAGAAUGUUGAAAUUGAAACAUUGGUUGCAAAAAGUAUUUUUACAUGGACGGUAAUUAAUUUUUUUAAAUGGUAUUCUGAAAAGGGUGAAAAGAUUUUUCGAAUUCGGAAACUAAAAAAAAAUAUUCUAAAAACUAGAUAUCAUCGAGAAAGGUUUGGAACAUGA